CGCCCACCGCUGACCGCUCUUCAGUCCGCGUCAAAGCGGCGCGCGUCAGCAGCAGCAGCGGCGCGUCAUGGCGAACAUCUGCGGCACUUCACUCUUCAUCGCGCUGAUUCUGACGAUCCUGAACACUUCAGCAUCUGAAGGACAACAGAGCAAAAUCAUACAGAAGAGAAAUUGGAUUAUCCCAGCACACAAACUGAUGGAAAAUAAAAAUUACAUGGAUAAGGAAUAUGUAGCCAAAAUCCGUUCAGAUGAGGAGACCAAGACGAGGAUACAUUAUUCACUGACUGGAUCGGGUGCUGACCAGCCACCCGUCAACUUGUUCACCGUUGACAGAAACACCGGCUUGGUCAAGAUCCACGGAGUCUUGGACAGAGAGAAAACUCCUGUUUAUUACCUUCGAGGGGUGGCCACGUUUCUGGACGGCGGAAAGGCUGAGACUGAUAUUGAUUUGAAAAUCGUGGUGGAGGAUGAGAACGAUAAUGCUCCUGUGUUUAACCUGACAACCGGAUCUGUGAAUGAGCGGAGCGCAAGAGACACGUUUGCAAUGAAGAUCACAGCAACAGAUGCAGAUCAGGAAGAAACUCUGCAUUCAAAAAUUGCCUACAGCAUUGUUAAACAGGAUCCCGAAGACAUGUUCUACAUCGAUCGAGAGACCGGUGGGAUAUACGUCAUGUACGACAUGCUCGACAGAGAGAAACAUGACACAUACACGUUGAUUAUUAAAGGGACUGAUAUGAACGGAGCUGCGAAUGGAAAUACAGGGACAGGGACAGCGAUUAUCGAGAUUCUUGAUGUCAAUGACAACAUCCCUACUUUGAAGGAAAACUCUCAUGAGUACAGUGUGGAGGAAAACACUCGAAAUGUGGAAGUGGUGAGAAUUCCAGUGGAGGACGAUGAUCUAUAUCCUGAAAAUCGGCUGGCCAUCUUUACAAUCGAGUCAGGAAACGAAGCUGGUUAUUUCUCCAUAAGCACAGACAACAAGACCAAUGAAGGCAUCCUGAUUCUCAAAAAGGAGCUGGACUAUGAAGAGCUGAAGGAAAUCCGCCUAGAAGUGUCUGUCACUAACCUGGCAGAGUAUCACCCUUCAGUCAAAACAGAGAAACAGAUGUACAUCAUCCACAUCAGGGUGACCAACCAGCCUGAGGGCCCUCGCUUCAAUCCCGCCGUCAAAGUCAUCACCAUCUCCGAAGAAAGCUCCAGAACUACUUUAAAAGAAGUGAUAACAAAUUACGCAGCUAUAGACAGUGACACGCUAUUACCUGCUAAAAACGUGAAGUAUGCAAAAGGACAAGAUGUUGACAACUGGCUGAAUAUAAAUGAGUUGACGGGUGACAUAAAACUCAAUAAAAUACCAGAUUAUGAGUCCAAGUUUCUGAUCAAUGGCACAUAUUAUGCUAAAAUAAUCUGCAUCACUAAUGAUUCUCCGUCUAAAACUGCAACAGGAACCAUUGCCAUUCAAGUAGAGGACUUUAAUGACCACUGUCCUGUGCUGAGCCGUCAGUCUCAAACACUGUGUUAUGAGGAUCACGUGGUUUAUGUCACGGCUGUGGACGAAGAUCAGUUCCCCAAUAGUUCGCCGUUUGUUUUCAACAUAACCACAAAUGAAUGGAACAUCGAACCUCUCAAUGACACUACCGUGAUAUUCAGAUCUCCACAAACCCUGUGGCCUGGCAUGUACAAUGUGUUUGUGGACGUGAAGGACCAGCAGGGGAAGAUCUGUGCUGGUCAGGAACUUCAGAUAAACGUCUGCAUGUGUAACGCUACUAAAGUUUGCCUGCCCAGAAAAAUCGUCUCUACGUUUGGAGCAUCUGGUGUUCUUCUGAUGCUGCUGGGACUGCUGCUGCUACUCUUGGUGCCACUUCUGCUGCUCUUCUGUCUCUGUGGCGGCGUAGAAGCUUUUGGAGAUUUCAAGACUAUUCCGUUUGAAACUAAAGACUACCUUAUCUCUUAUAAUACUGAGGGACAGGGGGAGGACAUGGUAUGUAACAUGGCAAUUGCUAAUUUACAGAUGUCAAGGCAGCUGGGUAAAAGAAAGAACAGUCAUGCGGAUGGUGUAGGAGGGGCUUGCAUGUGGGGUGGAGUAAAAGAUGGUGGAUUCGGAGCAGAAAACUCACACUGGAGCUCUUUCUGCCAAUAUGACCAGCAUGAGAGUGCAGCUUAUCACCACAGGAAUCAAACUGAUAGACAGUACAUAUUUGGACAAAGAAAAGAUGAACACAGCAGAUCUGAAGACUACACUUUUGAUGGGCUUGCACUGUCUGAUGCUUUCUUAGGCAACUACUUUUUUCAAAAAGCAAGUCAUUUAGCCAAUAAGCAAGAUAAGAGAGACAAUCUGAAGGUCUAUGACUAUGAGGGUCAGGAAUCAUUCAAGGGCUCAUUUGAGGACAUCUGCGAUCUCCUACACGAAGACAAUGACUUUUCUUUUCUUGAUGACCUUAACUUGAAGUUCAAGACCCUGGCUGAGAUCUGCAGUGGUUCUACAAUAAAGGCUGAAAUCAGCACGAGCGUCCCUGUGACCUCUAAAUCAGUCCCGACCACCACACACGAAGAUGUCAGCGUACAAAGGACAAUUAUUAAUUCACAGUUUCUAGACAAAGCAAAGUCACCCUCCAUCAUACACACCGCAGGAGCGCAGCAGACCAGCAGCGUGUCUUCAGCAGGAGUCUACGUCCAGGAGAAGGUGGUGGUUCCUAACCAAACCCUGUUAGUCCAGCAACCUGGGAUGUACUACGCCCACACCACCCCCAUUUAUGUGGUGGAUGCCCAGCGUACUAUGUUGGUGACACCCAGCCCAGUCCUAGGCCUUCAGGAGAACAUGUUAGCGGAGGAGCGGAAGGGCUCUGGUGCUUCCCAACAUGGAAAUACCACACGUGAAACACAGCACUACCAAAGUGUAGUUAUGGUUGAGAAGCAGCCAACAAAAGGGUCUACGCAAACCCAAGGCAGUGUCUCUGGAGCGACCCAGAUCGUAAACACUGAAAUAAUGCAGUCUACGGAGUCUCAUGAGGUUAGGCGAUCCAUCCAUCCGUCCAGAGGGAUGAUGACAGGAGCGGUCAGAGAGACGGACGUUUUAGCUUCGUUGGAUAUGAGGGUUCCUCAGCGUCUGUAAGCACCGAUGCCAAAUUUCUCAGCUGAUACCGAUAACCGAUUAUUCAGAAUGCCGUCUGCCGAUACCAAUAUUUAAAGGUCCACUGAAGUGCUUUGAAAUGUGCAGAGUUAUUCUCUGUGUUGACAUAAUUUCAAUUGAAGCAGGAAGACAUGGUGGGACAUAUUGAGCAGCUCCGCCCCCUUUUUUAAAUAGCCAAAUGCUGAUUGAGAUAUUUCAUGAUACAUGACACAUUUGAGUAAGCCUCCUGAUGUUCAUUCAUGUUUAUUUUGCGCUGUAACUUGUAAUAAAGUGAAAGAGACUCACAAUCCAGAUGGGCUACAAAUGAUGUUGAAAUAGUGUUGAAUUUGCUUUAUUUUUAAAUAAGAUUGCGUUAAUGCAUUAUUAUCAACAGCCCUAGUCUACCUUAGAGGCAUUUGCAGUCUGACACAUUUGGACCUGUUUAUGGCUGAUUUAAAUGACUGAAUUGCAGAUAAUGCAGAGGAUUUAUUGGCUGAGACAUCGGUGCAUCCCUGGAUAGCGUUUUUAUAAAGCCAUAAUCUAAGAUUGAUAAUUUCCUCUCCACUUGCUCUUGAUUUAUAAGGAUUUUAUUCCUGCCUGUUCAAAUAAUAAGAAAUUGGCCUCGCUCGCAAAUAAGCCUCAGCAGUGGUUUCUCUCCAUCUCUAGCUUCCCUCAUCAAAUUCACAACUCGAAUUCUGGACUGAUUUUGAGAGCACUAUCCAACAGGCUCUCUCUCGGGUCAGCGAACCGCACAAGGAGAUUUAAAGUCACAUACUAGAGAGAAGAAAAAAACUAACACUUGCAUCUCUCAUCUUUUUGUUCUAUCUAUUUGAUUUGUUUUUAUUUAUAAUACAAUUAACAAAAGCAAAAAAGGCCUCUCUCAUUAGCUUGCUUUAUUCUUUUUCAAUUCUGUUUCUUUUUUUAUGAUAUAAUAAAAAAUGAAAAAAACAACAACCUUGCUACGUGUGCUGCGUUAAGCUAACUGGGAGUUGCUAUAGCACUUGCACAUCAUUGUUCUUUUGUUUGAAUUUGAUUGCUUCCGCUGUCCUCAUUUGUAAGUCACUUUGGAUAAAAGCUUCUGCUAAAUGUCUAAAUGUAAAUGUAGAACCUGUUCACUCUGUCCCACUGUGGUGGAAUGAUUUUUGAGUCUGCAGCAAACCUCACACACACUCCUCUUGUAUGAGCACUUGAUCCAUAACCACAAGUAAACAUUACUUAUUAGCAAUAAAUCAAAAAUGUAUAGAAUUUAAAUUGUACUUUUGCAUUUACAUUGCUUCUUUAGCUGUGUGCUUCUCUGGCUUACACAUUUGGCAUUGUGGCACUGCAUAAACUUUUAAAAUAUUUUUCAUGAAGUCUGAAGUUGCUGGUGUUUUUGCUCAUUUGUAAGUUACUUUGGAUAAAAGCAUAUGUU